AUGUCAGCCUCUGAAGAUCCAAGAUACACCCACCCCCAAAAAUAUGUUGGUUUCGACACCAUCACUGCACAAAUUGAGAAUCGAUUAUUGAAACGAGGAUUUCAAUUUAAUAUAAUGGUUGUUGGUCGUUCUGGUUUAGGUAAAAGUACAUUAGUCAAUACCUUAUUUGCAUCCAAAUUAACCAACUCCUAUGGCCGUAAAUUACCUGUUGAUCCAAUUGAAAAAACCACCGAAAUCAAAGUAUCUCACCAUACGUUGUUGGAAAACAAUGUUCGUUUAAAUAUAAAUGUUAUUGACACACCAGGAUUUGGUGAUCAGAUAAACAAUGAAAAAUGUUGGGAUCCCUUGGUCAAGUACGUCAAAGAGCAACACUCACAAUAUUUAAGAAAAGAAUUAACGGCUCAACGUGAUAAAUUUUUGCCUGACACUAGAGUUCAUUGUAUUUUGUACUUUAUCCAACCAAAUGGACAAAAAUUGAAAACUUUGGAUAUUCAAGCAUUGAAGAAAUUGUGCGAGAUUGCCAAUGUCGUUCCUGUAAUUGCUAAAUCUGAUUCAUUAACCUUGGAAGAGCGUGGUGAAUUUAAGAAAUUGCUUCAACUGGAAUUUCUUAAAUAUAAUUUCAAUAUUUACCCCUAUGAUUCAGAAGAGUUGUACGAUGAAGAACGCCAAUUAAAUGAAGAUAUCAAAUCGUUGAUCCCCUUUGCCGUUGCUGGAUCCGAACGCGAAAUUCAAAUCAAUGGAGAAUUGGUUCGUGGUAGACAAACUAAAUGGGGUGCUAUUAAUAUUGAAGAUGUAAGUCAAUGUGAUUUUGUGUUUUUGAGAGAUUUUUUGACAAGAACUCAUUUACAAGAUUUAAUUGAAACGACAAACUUGACUCAUUAUGAAACGUUUAGGUCUAAACAAUUGAUUGCUUUGAAGGAAAAUGCUAGUAAUCCAAACAGGCAGUCACAAGUCCAAACUAGUCAACAAAGCGUUCAUUAA